UAACUUUUUUUUUUUUUCCCUUUUUUCAUAAAAAAAAAACUGUAAUAAAAAAAAUAUAUAUUAAAAAAAAAGGGCGAACAACAAAAACUGGAGAGCACAUCUGAUUCGGUGAUUCCAAGCAAACUACAGUUUCUGCUUCAUCUCUCUCUUCCACAAACCCCACAACACAAUUCCUCUUUAAAAUUAAGGCUUUGAGACAAGAUCAACAUCAUUUACAUGGAUACAAAUUCUGUUCAUGAUACAACUGAUUCAGUUGCCGAAAAUGAUCUUGGUGGUAGCAUUGAGGCAGUAUCAAUUGCUCAGGAGAAAUCGGAGGAUGCCUCAUCUAUUAAAGAGGUGAAACGAGAGGUUGGAAGUUCCAUUAUUAGGAUCGAACUGGAUAUAGCUUGUUGUUCAGAGAAGCUGGUUAAUUUGAACCAACUUAUGAUGCAUGUAUCAGCAAGGGAGAACGACUUUGAAGAUUUUGCUUCAGCGAAGGAUGAGGAUACAUUGGUUAAUUCUGAUGGGAGGGCACUGGAAUUUGAUAUUUUAUCUGGAAUAUUUGAUUCAGAAGUCAGGGAGAUGGCUAUCUUCAUUGGUAAAAUAAAGUCAGAGAUUAAUAAUACUUGCGAAGUAAUUUCUUCAUACAAACAUCUAGGAGAAGGAUUUUUGGCAUUGGGAGAGAAGUUGCGUGAUGUUGAAGAAUCAAUAAAGCAAUUACAAGAACAGGUUUCAGAAUUGAUGGCACAAUCUUCCAGUUUCCAGAAAAUCUUAUCAGGUGUCAACCAAGAGGAAAUGUCUGACGAAGACAAGGAAGAUUCAGGGGAUAGUGACUUUUUAAACACGAUGGAAAAGCUAAAAAUACAAACCUCGCAGACACAUACACUGAGGAUGCUGGAAAAAUCUUUGGCAAGAGAACUUGAACUGGAGAACGAGCUAAAAGAAUGUAUGCAAGCUCGGGAUGAGAUGAAACUCAAGAUUCGUUUUUCGCAACAGAAAUUCUUGUCUGUCGAAGAAGAAACCACAGCUAUCUAUGCCCGUUUCUUGGAGGCUGACAGUGCUUCAGCUGUGCUCAUGGGAAUUUCAAAAGAGUUGAUUGGUAAACUCCAGUCAAGCCAACUACACAUAAAUUGUGCACUUCGCAGAGAAAAUGAAAUGAACAUUAAGUUUCAAGAAUGCACAAAAACUGUUCAAAAUCUAGAGAAAAAAGAGGCUGCUAUGCAGGAACUUGCAGAAAAAAACAGAUUGGAGGCCUUGUCAUUGAAAGAGAAGGUGAAUUUCUUGGAGGAGAAGUUAAAAGCUUCAGAAUCUGCACUGGUAAAUGGAAAUGUUUCUUUGGAUGGCAAGAGUGACCAGAUUAAAGAUUUGGAAAAGAAAUUAUCCAUAGCUGAAAGCAGGGUUCUGAAGGUAGAAGCUGAAUCAAAUUUGCUAGAAGAAGCUAAUAAAGAACUUAAUGAGAAACUGGAUUUUCUGAAAAGUAGUGGAGUCUCUGUUGAGAAGGUUAAUUCACUGGAAAAGCAACUGAAGGAGACAGAUAUACAACUACAAGAGGCUAUGGCAUCAGUGGAAGCAAGUCAGGAGAAAGAAACCAUGUUGUAUACUUCAAUUAAUGACAUGGAGAUUUUAAUUGAUAAACUGAAGUCAAAAGUUUUAGAAGCAGAUGCUAGGGCUGACAGUGCCGAAGAUAAAUGCAUUAUAUUAUCUGAAAGCCAUGCAGAACAGAAUGAAGAGCUGGUUUUCCUUAGGGGUAAAUUAGAAUGCUUGGAGGCAUCUUUGCAACAAGCAGAAGAAUCUAAACGAGCAAUUGCAAAGGAUAUAAGUACUCGUAGCAAAGUGAUAACAGAUAUGGUCAUGCAGCUGGCUGUUGAAAGAGAACGCCUUCACAAACAGCUAUCGCGGAUAAUGAUGGAAAAUAGAGCUCUUGUAGAUAAAUUACACGUGGCAAACAAAGUCUCGUCCAAUUCUAUGAAUCAUGAAGUUGGGGAAACUGAGGAAGAAGUUCUAUCUUCUGCGCACCGUGUGUAUUCUACCGAUAAUGGGAAAGAAAAUAAAGAAGAAUCUGAUGCUGAAGAGGCACAAAAGUCUCCAGAGGAUGUUUUGGACAGUGAAUUCAAGUCGGAACCACAGAAUUUGGAUUUCAAGCUUGAAACGGUUAGGAGUAUUGAUGCAGGGCGGCUAAAUGUCAAGUAUGUAAUUUCAGCAAGUCUCGUAGUGUUAGUUGCAAUCUUGGCAGUGUGUUUUCUUAAAGCAGAAAAUUGCCCAUUUUAGCGAGGGACUUAGGCUUGGCUUUUUCAGUCAAGCCACUGUAAUUUUUAGUUAAUUUUGCAGCGGAUAGUGCAUCCUUAGAUUACUACACAAGCUAGUUGAAAAUCCAAUACUCUUGAGUACAUAGGUUAUAGGUGGAAUAUUUUUUGCCAAUACACUACUACCCAUUUUUUUAUAUUGGAAAGAAGUUGAGAAUCAACCUCCUUUUUGAUACUCUGCUUGAAACUUUUCCAUAGAUUCAUCAUUAAUGCACACAAUUGUUUCAUAUGUAAUUUUUCUCUUUUAUUUUGGGUGAAAAAAGAAAAAAAAAAUAGUGAGACUUUUCAUCUUUCUUGAUUUUGGAACUUGGUAACCAUUAAAUGUGUACCACGGAUAAUUCCAACUUCAGCUGUACUGAACGGUCUUUGCAUUAUUCCUAGCCUUUGAGUUGUGUCCAAUUGUCUUCCUAUCCAGCUCUAUAAAUUGAUACUUCCCGAACAUCGUCUCUUAUAAUCCUAUUUCCAUCCAUAAUGUUUGAAAUCUGAAGAAAUGUUUGCUGAUUCGUAACAAUGGUACAAAACAUUGAUGAGUAUGAUCCUGAUGAUGAGUUCCGACGUGAACUGCCACAGCAUCUUAUCACUGAUGAAAUCCUCACAAGACUUCCAGUCAAGUCUUUGCUCCGGUUUAAGUCUGUUUCUAAAUUGUGGUAUGCCACAAUUUCGAGCUGUGAGUUUUCGUGGUCACACCUUGAACGCUAUAUGAUGACAGGCGGUUAUGUCUCGGCGCAGUGUAUUCUUGCCAGCUUUUAUCCGAAUGACGAGAAUCUUGCUCGGUUCUUAGAGAGCUAUGGAGUUCAGGAGGAUGAGAGGGGUGAUCGAGUUUAUAUUUUUGGUUCGGUUGAUGCUUUAGACGAGGAAUCUGAUACUGUUCGAGCUAUGUACUUCCAUAUGGUGGGUUCUAGCAACGGUUUGGCGUGCUUUGCUGAUCGUGAUUAUAGCUGUUUUAGGAUUUGGAAUCCUUGUACCGAUGAAUGUCAUACCGUGGAGGAUAGCCCGCUUACAGGUUACGAUCGUGCAGAAAUGCAAAUUUGCACUGGAUUUGGGUAUGUAUGGUCUGAAGAUAACUACAAGAUUGUAGUUGCUGCUCUUCGUAAGCAUUCUGAUGACUUGAUUUUUGUUUAUUCACUUCGGGCCAACGAAUGGAAACAGAAAUCGUGUUCACUCAGUGAAUUGGGUGGAUAUAAACUAUCUGCGUAUGGAAUUGAAGGAAGAGGGGUUCUGGUUAAUGAGAAAUUGCACUGGGUAGAAGAAACCACUGAGCACGCACCUUCUGAAGAUGUGUUCAUCGUCGUUUUUGGUUUGGAUGAUGAGGAAUUCGAAACGGUGUUAGGGCCGUCAGAUUUAUUGCAAUUGACUUAUGUAACUUGGAAAUUUCAAUUAUGUGAAAUAGAUGGGUUUUUGGGCAUACAUUCAACUAUUAUGCCAGAUUGGGUUUGGAUUCUCGUGGAUUCUGAAUGGGUUGAUUAUUCUGUGCCCAUUGAAGACUUACUUCAGAAUUCUUGGUUACUAAUCAUCUUCGGUUUUAUCAGAGACGGAAGUUUUGAUUGGAUGUAUUACAAAUUCGACAUGGAAAUUUAUCAGGAUGCUAUGUUUUACGUUGAGACUCUUGAGUCACCCUUAUCAAUCCUGAGAAAAGAAUGCAGAUGAUAGUUUUCGUCAGGUUUGAUCAUUUUUCUGUUUACGAAAUAAAUGCGUUACAUCUAUUGCUUGGUGUAGACUUGUAGUUGUGUAUCUUUCUUUGAAUAAUUCAGUUGUUUUGGAGCUGCAGUUUAUGUAAUGAUGCUAUUGUUAAGCGAGAAUACAAUAUGAUCAUAAUCAUGGGUGCGUAGCUCGUCUUUAUUA